CCGUGGUCACUACCUGCCGAACAUGCGACUACCGCCAUCACACAAUGCUGCAUGGAGCCCCACAGCUUAGGGAGACAUACGGCAGCUACAGCCCGCCCCCAAUGGAGAUUGCCAACCCACGGCAACUUGCAAUCGAACCAGCCAACCAGAUGCCCAUCGUCCAAGGCCCUCCCCCGGUCGAGAUACCUUACAGCCGGGCCACUGUUUUUGUACCCACGGCGAUGGUGGAAUUGGCACCCGAGGAGCAGGACGAUUGGGCUGGGGUACGGGUACUUUUGUGCCAGGCAUCGACCAUCACCCGAAUCGCGGCAGCCACAGUAACUCGCCUGGGGAUACCAACGAGAGAGCGCAGAGGGCACCGUCUGGCAACAAUAAGACUUCGGUCAAGGCAUGCGUCGAGGAGGACCAUGUAUACCAUCCGGGCAGUGGUGACCCGGGAUUUGCCGCGACGACCCUAUUCAGAUCCCAUCAUUCCCGACCCCACAAGCAGCCUAAGAUCCCUUUCUUUGGCAGAUGCUGACCCUAGAGGCAACGAACCAAUCGAUGUAGAGGUAGGGGCCGAUGCCUACGCCCACCUCCGGAGGAGUGGUGUUGUACAACCCGGAUUGGGAGCCGUCUUCGCCCAGGAGACAGAUUGGGGAUACGUGUUCGUCGGCCCAGUCACCUCACAGGCAAGAAACCAGGAUUAAAAAGAUACAAAGUGACACAAUAACAACCGACUCAAAAACCAAAUCUACACUCGACCCACAAUUGCAACAUCACAACAACCAUAAGUGCGGGACACAACAUACAACACCAACUAAUUCUAAUAUUGCAAACCCCCCACCUGUUAAAUACAAUGUCUAUCUACUACAAUCAACUAUACUCAUAAUUUAAAUUUUAAUCUACUUACUACUGCUACUUAAAUCUAUGA